AUGGCGAGCCUUUCAUCGAACGUUGUGCUUUCACUCCCCGACGAGGCGAUACGCAAUCAGAUGAUCGAUGUCUACUUUCACCAAAUUGUCCAUCCCACCUUACCGAUUCUCGACAAGGCGCAGUUCUUCAGCUGGUCGGCCUAUCUUCCACCCACUGAUGCUGCGACCUCGAUCGCCGCACAAGCACUACCGGCUGAGCUAUAUUUGAGCGUUUUUGCCGUUGUGGCUCCCUAUCUGCACUCGGAUUCGACACACUCUUCAGAGACUUUUGCAGCGGCUGCGCGCUUCUACCUGUACUCUUCGAUGAAGGACCCAUCGGUCGAAACGGUUCAAGCUUGCACGCUUCUCGCUAUUGCCGACUGGGGACUCAACGAACUGUCGCGCGCAUGGAUAUUAAGCUCGCUUUCCAUUGCACUCUCCAUCACCUUGGGGAUGCACAGGCGGCAGCAGCACGAUUCGCUUACGCCCAGUCCGUCACGCCUGCGGACUUUCCAUGCGGCAAUCAUCGUACACACGCUCCUUUCACUCCGCCUAUCACGCCCACCAAUCAUCAACUGUGAGGACUAUGACGUCCCCUUACCACCUAGCGAAGGUUCGGAAAACUUUGAAUUGUGGAGUCUAGGGCACAACGCCAAUCAUCUCCGGGGCGAAUACGCACUCGAGCCGAUAGCCACAAUUGCCCGGCGACCAGGUGCGGUCCGUUCAUCGACGCUUCUCCUCUUUUCAAAGACGGCGAGCUUGUGCACAUUGGGACUCGCUGUCCUGCGUUGGAGCCUUCGACCUGCUGCUGGAGGGGAUCACGGGGAGGCCGACCGACAAAACCUGAUCAAAGCGCUCGUGGCGUGGGAACGAGGGCUCCCACCGGAGUUGAUGAUUGGUGAGCCGUCUACGCGCGGCACCGAUCGGGUCAAAGAGCGCUCAAGGUCCAUCAUCGAGAUGCACAUGACCUUGCACUCGCUGUACGCUCGCCUCUCUCCCUCACAAGAGGCCGUGGCUGAGGGGGGUCGCGCAUUCUCAUAUGAUCCCGCACCAGAAUCCAUAUCGAUGCUGUUACAGCUCACCACGACGACUAGGGACUUGUUCACUUAUUUGCGAACGAUGCCUCUAGUCGAGAUGGCGCUCGACGUGCUCGUCAAAGCUGGUCUGGGGGAAGAACCCUCGGUUAGCGGCGCCUACGAGGAGCUUGGUCGAGUACAUCGCUUGGUGCGGCGCGAAGGGGCCGUUUCUCGAUUUUCUGCUCCGAACAUGGCAACUCCGUUGUCGACUGAAGGAGGCUACGACAGCCCGAUCGAUGCUUUUGUGCAGAUGCACCCGACGUCACAGGUCGAUCGACCACCGCACCCGCUGACCUCAUCCCUCCACGGCACAACUCAGCCGGCCAAAGACUCUCCCCAUGCCUCACUGGCCCAUGCCGAGGCACUGUCAGUCUCAACGGAGCCUUUCCAAGCUUUCUUAUCGUACUCGGACGUACUGGGCCCGUCCGCGACAGCCUCGACGGUGCUCGACUUUGGAUCAUGGGAUCAAUCUGAUCUUCUGGUCUCCCUCGGCCUCGUCUCUGACCCGACGGCGGGCUCCCAGGCAUGGCAACCCCCACCUUCAAGCGAUAUGUCGAGCUCUCACCAUGUUCAACACCUGCCCGUCUUGGAUGCGUCGAAGCCAAUCUCCCUCCAGCCGCUGGCGACGGCCGGAGCAACAGAGUUUCCGCACUCCGGCCUGAACGACGCUGAGGUUGGCCCUGGGAACAGCCACACCAGCAUAGGCUACGCGACACCACUCGGAGGCGAAGAGAAUAAUGCGGCCUUCAUGUUUGAUCACUUUGGGCAAGGCACGGACUUGUUGGCUAGGUGGUUGGAUCGAGGCAGUUGGGCUACUGGUUCAUCAGGCGAGCCGAUUCAGGGGCUGUCGACGGGUGACUCGGAGCAAGAUCUGCCUUCGAACACGGGAAUGAUGCUCGACCCUUCGAGUGGUGAGGGCAUGAUGAUGUGA